AUGACAGUAAAGGCAUUGCGCGCCGUUGCGAGCGGAAAGAAUGGCGUCGGGUCAUUCAUUCUUCAAUGCAAGAAGAUGGACUUUCAUUAUUGCGAUUGGGCUGGAAGCUCAAAGGGCAUGAAUGGUUUCAUUAAGUCCCUCCUCCCUAAAUUUGCAGCUGCAAACCCCCAAGUCGAAUUCGCCGUCUCCCCUCGACCCGGUAAACACCCCGUCAUCAUCGGACACUACAUCAAUGGGCGCACAAAACCUAUUUGCGUACGAAACCUAUCGCCGUACGAGAUUUUACAGAAAGUAGAGCUGCUACGAGAUGCAAGCGGCGAGAAGCUGAAGAGAACGAACAAGGCUGUCACGAGUACCAGCCCCAGUGUCAGAGGAAUUUGGUCACCAUACCACGGAAAGGGAAUGGUUGUGUGA